GACCAGAGUGAUGCCAGCUCUCGAGUCAGUCAGCCCACACACAAUACAUACCGACAACAAAGGAAGAUACACCACAUCGCACCGCAUUGCAUCACACCAUUAGCUCUGUCGCCCUCUUAUCGAUGCACGGGGGUGGGGUCCGUCCACUUCAUGUCUUGCAAGUGUCUUGGAAGAGCGAGUUCAUGAUCCGGUCAACGAAGCCCGCGUCAUACAGGGCACCGUCGGGCGGCCGCCGCGGCUCGGGCGCCUGAACACACGAGCCGCGCCACAAGGCUCAUCGUGUGUGUGCGCCUGUGUGGGGUCUGGCUGACCAUGAAGUUUGCCAGUUUGGGUAUGGGCACAUAUCUGAUCUUGCGGCCCUUUGACGCCCGCCUGUCGACCUCCUUGCGCUUGGCCGCGCUCUCUGAACCAACAAACACACAUUGGGACCCACAGAGGAACACAAUGCCCCGACGAGCGAGCGAACCACCAUUCAUUCACUGACCUCUUCGCUUGAGCUUGGCCGCGAGCGAGCUGGAGGCCCCCAGCUGGUUGAGCAGCUCGCGGCGGUCCGGGGCGUCGUCACUGUCGUGCUGGAAGGGCGACGUGACGUCACGCGACUGCACAAUGUCACGCAGCAGCUGCACGUAGAAGUCCUGAUGGAACGAACCAUCGAUGAGUCACACACAAACACACAAUGAUUGAUUAACAUGGGCGGCGAGUCAGUGAGUGUGUUGUCCCUUUACUUGGUCGUCAUAGAUGUGGUGUGCGGCCUCUGACGGGUCGUUGUCGGCAGCAGAAGUGGCCAGCACCUUGAUGGCGCUCUCAGCGGGGCGGCUGCGGGCGAUCAGACGAUCCAGGUCCUGACACAAGACGAGACGGGGAACAUCAUGACAUCGCACUUCUGUUUUUCCGCUUCCUCACCUUCUCAGCGUGCCGCAGCUGCACUGCCAGUGGCUGGUCAAAAGCCUUGAAGCUGUGGGAUACCUGCCGCACCACCACCACACACCAACUCACACGCUUUUUGGGUGGGGUGUGGGUUGGUCUCACUCUCUCUCUCUCUCUCUCUCCCCACCUGAAGAGUGGUUUCUUUUUUCCACUGGUCGGCCUUGUGCAGCGCCCAGGUGCGCACCCGCUUGGCCUGCCGCUCGACGCCGGCCUCACCACACCACAGCGACCGCUCAUCGGCAGCAGCACUGGACGACCACUGCCGCUUCCGGAGUGACUUGGGAGCAUCUGAAUCAUUGGAGGGGCCGCCAUCCUCUUGACCGUCAUUGAGGACUUGGAGGGCCUCGUGGAGCUGCAGUCAGAUAUAAACACAUAAUGAAUCUCUCGUGUGUGCGUGUGUGCGUGUGUGCGUGUGUGUGUGUGUGUGUGCGCCAUCGGCACCUCUGGGUGGAGUUUGGCGAGUUUGCUCUGUAGCUCCAGCAGCCCCACCAGCACCUCAGCCACCUCGAGAGCAGCGCAAUCCAUCGCACGCACCACCCUGUUGCCCCUCCCCUCACGCACACCCACAGGCAGCUGGUUGGCCUGCGAGAGGAUGCCCUGGAGGGCCACCCGGCAGUGGACGACCUCCUUCCAGAGCCCCUGCUGUGUCUGCACAUGCUUGGCCUUGGUGUACUCCUGCUCGGCCGUCUGCCGCCGCUGCUUGACGAAUUGUAGAGCCUCCUUCUGCCUGCUGGCCUCGAUGCGCCGCGUCUUGUCCUCGAGGGAUGGGUCAAGGGACACAUGCAGGCCGCUCAGGUCCACAGAGGGGAAACCACCAUCUUGCUCCUCGUCCAUCUGCUCGUCUCCCUCCUCUCCUUCCUCGCUUGGAGCAUCGUCGCUUUCCUCAUCCUCCUCGUCGUCAAACGGCGCGGCAAACUGGCGAUCUCGCUCCUUCUGCAGGUCAGCCCGGGUCACCCGCUGCCCGCGAUACCGCUCGGGCAGCUCCAGCACCCUCCCACGGCCCGGCCUGCCCUCAUCGGCCUUCGGGAGGUCUCUGUACCGGGCAGCGGCGGAUGUGUGGUCCAGAUCGGCAAAGGCGAAGUCAUCCUCGAUGUCCUGGUCGACGAAUGCUGCCUCGACACUCAU